AUUGAAUACUCUUUCAGAAGAUAGUUCAAUAUUUAACCAAUUAUAUACUAUAGACAAUAACAAUUUAAUAACUAAAAAUGUAGUCUUUUCUGAUUAUAAUCAGAACUCUGAUGAUUUCAAUACAUUUAAAAAUAUUAAGUAUGCAUUUAUACCCAGCUCUAUUUCUAAAGAAACUGAAGAAAUAGCUAUAUUUACUAAAAUUAAUCAACUUAUAAAUGCUAAUUUUAUUGUGCUGAUUAAUUAA